AUGCGUCGAAUAAUUCAGAUGAACCAAUCAGUCAGUAUAGCUAAAAAAAGUCUAUCAUCAUCAUCAUCAUCAUCAUCAUCAUCAUCAUCAUCAUCAUCAUCAUCAUCAUCAUCAUCAUCAUCAUCAUCAUCAUCAUCAUCAUCAUCAUCAUCAUCAUCAUCAUCAUCAUCAUCAUCAUCAUCAUCAUCAUCAUCAUCAUCAUCAUCAUCAUCAUCAUCAUCAUCAUCAUCAUCAUCAUCAUCAUCAUCAUCAUCAUCAUCAUCAUCAUCAUCAUCAUCAUCAUCAUCAUCAUCAUCAUCAUCAUCAUCAUCAUCAUCAUCAUCAUCAUCAUCAUCAUCAUCAUCAUCAUCAUCAUCAUCAUCAUCAUCAUCAUCAUCAUCAUCAUCAUCAUCAUCAUCAUCAUCAUCAUCAUCAUCAUCAUCAUCAUCAUCAUCAUCAUCAUCAUCAUCAUCAUCAUCAUCAUCAUCAUCAUCAUCAUCAUCAUCAUCAUCAUCAUCAUCAUCAUCAUCAUCAUCUUCAGCGGUCGAUAUUCCGGGUACAAUUUAUGGAUCCUAA